AAUAAAAAAGAAUAUAGUCAGCGAAGGGAAACCAUUUUCGCUGCAUCUCUGAAGAAAAGCAUAGAAAUUGAAGAGCCGAAGGAGAAGAAGCUCCGUUUCUGCAGAAAACCCUAAUAAUAGAAGAGAGGAAGAAGAAGGUGAAAAGGAAUGGAGGUGGAAGUGGGGUUGGUGGGCCUCUGCAUCGAUGCCGCGAGCGAGAGCAGAGAAAGCGUUGAGAAAUGGCGGAGGCAGCGCCGGACGCUUGAGCGAAUGCCCACUCAACUCGCACAAUCGCUUCUCCGACGUCUCCUCCGGCGCCGCCUCGUUACUCCUUCCUUGCUCGAAGUGUUCCAGCACUGUAUAGAGGAGAUUGAUUUGAAGGGUGAAAGCUUUGUGGAUGCGGAAUGGAUGGCAUAUUUGGGCGCGUUUCGCUACCUCCGUACUCUCAAUAUUGCGGGUUGCAAAUCUAUCAAUAAUUCUGUGCUUUGGUCCAUUACAGGAAUGACUAGUUUACAAGAGCUGGAUCUGUCGAGGUGCUCGAAGAUCACUGAUGCUGCCACUGAGCAUCUCUUAUCCAUUCCAGAUUUGAAGAAACUGUGGAUUUCAGAGACUGGCCUGACCACGGAUGCAGUCACGCGCCUCUCCUCUCUUAGAAAACUCUGUUUAUUGGAUUUAGGGGGAUUACCUGUCACAGAUAUGGCAAUCUGUUCAUUGCAGGUACUGACACAACUGGAGUACUUGGAUUUGUGGGGAAGUAAAAUUUCCAACAAGGGAGCUGCUGUUCUUGCAUCAUUCCCCAACCUGAGUUUUCUGAAUCUUGCUUGGACUGAUGUCACUAAGUUACCGAAUCUGCCCUCUCUUAACUGCUUAAACAUGAGUAGGUGCACCAUACAAUCAAUAUUUGAGGGAGAUGAUGAAGUUAGAGCUCCUCUAACAAAGCUGCUUGUCACUGGAGCUAUGUUUGUAGACGUGCGUGAAGCCUUCUUUUAUCUGGAUGCAAGCCAGCUGUCUUUUCUCGAUAUAUCUGGCUCCCCUAUUCAAGAUUUCUGUUUUUUACCAAACAUGGACCAACUUGAACAUUUGGAUCUCAGUUUUAGCAGAAUGGUAGACAAUCUUAUGGAAUUGGUCGCAAACAUUGGAGCGAGUUUGAGAGAUUUAAAUCUCAGUAAUACAAGAGUCAGUUCUGGAGGGAUAGCUAUUUUAGCAAGAAAUGUUCCGAAUCUUGAGAUUCUAUCCUUAUCCCAUACAGCUGUUGACGACACUGCUCUCUCAUAUAUCAGCAUAAUGCCUUCUUUAAGGACAAUCAAUUUGAGCAACACAAGUAUUAAAGGUUAUAUCUAUCAGGCAGGGCACAGUCCGGAUAGGUUUCUCUCGCUUACUGCACUCCACAAUCUCGAUCAUUUGGAGAGCUUGGAUUUGGAAGACACCCAAGUUAGAGAUGAGGAGUUGCAUCCUCUAUCUGUUCUCAGAGAGUUGAGCCAUUUAUCUCUCAAAAGCGAUUUUCUGUCAGACGUCACCUUGCAUACUUUGUCGUCUCUCCCAAAGUUAAAGUCUCUGGGAUUUCGAGGUGCUGUUUUGACCAAUGCCGGACUCCAUUCGUUUCAGCCACCGGGUAUGCUGCAGAAGCUAGACCUGAGUGAAUGUUGGCUUUUAUCUGCCGAUGCGAUUUCAGCGUUUUGUAAGAACCAUCCUCAACUUGACGUGAGGCACGAACAUUUUCAGAUGUCCUUAGUGUCCCAAAACAUGGGUGAUAGUCCAUCCCCAUCCCGUGGACAGCCACUGCAAUCCACCCUGAAAGGGGUCAAAUCAUUGUGGACCCCAAAUAGGUUAUUCCAUAAAGUGAAAUUCAUGGAUGAAAGGAUAAAGUACAGCAGGGAUGAAUUACUUGAGUUGCAGUUUACACCUUCGCGAGAUCCAUCUCCUCUGGGCACGGGUAUUGUGCUGCCGACAAUGCUGUUAAAUGAAUAAAGGCAUUCGGUUCUACUCAUCAUGUUUAUUAGGUGUUAGCAUGCACUGUAUUCAUCGUUGUUAUACAAUCUGAUAAAUCAGUUCUUUAAAUUCAAGUUGCCUUUCUUUAUUUUUUGAGAUGGUUCGUGAGGGUAGAAGAUGUCAAUGUGGCACAAGCUGGGAUGCUGGAGGUGGUGGGAAGCUCCGAAAAAAAGAGGUGCAGGCUCCGCUGCUUGCUGCCCUGAUAAUUGCUGCUUCGAUGAUGUAAGUAGCUUGUUCCAUGAGGUCUUGUAUAAGGUCUUUCAGUCCAUUAGGGAAUGGGCCCCGGGUUAAAGUUCGUGGGAUGGGCUUGGGUUUGAGCCCUUUGUUCUUGUAAUUUUCUCUGGGUUUGUUUUUCCCUCUCUCUUUCUGGCUUCUUCUUUUCUUGUAGCUCUUUGUUUUUUGGCCUUCCUGGCCUUUCAAUAAUAUUAGUCACCUUUCAAAAAAAAGAAAAGAAAAAAGUGGCACAACCUGGCUGUC